AUAAUUCAUAAAAAUGGAAGAGAAAAAAUCUGAAAGUAAGAUCACCAAGACGAAGAUCAAUGACGAGUAUAAUAAAUUCGAUGUCUUUGGGAGCAUUUUUACCCUCCCGAACAAGUACGAGGUGCUUAAACCUCUUGGCUCAGGCGCAUAUGGCUGAGUCGUGCAAGCAGAGUACAAGAAGAAAAUAGUUGCUAUUAAAUAAAAUGGAGAGAACCUUUGAGCAUGCGCUUUUUGCUAAAAGAACGCUUAGAGAACUCAAAAUUCUCAGACUUUUAAACCACGAGAACAUUAUUGAACUGAAGACAAUAGUUAAGCCUCAAAAAAAGGAAGCUUUUGAUGAUAUUUACGCAGUUUUUGAGCUGAUGGAAACAGACCUCGGGACUAUCAUAAAAUCUAAACAAGAAUUAUCUCUUGAUCAUAUCCAGUUUUUUUUGUAUCAAAUUCUGAGAGGUAUGAAAUACUGCCAUAGCGCUGGGAUUUUACACCGAGAUUUGAAACCUAAAAAUUUACUUGUGAACAGUAACUGAGAUCUUAAAAUAUGAGACUUCGGCCUCUCAAGAGCGGAUAUUCCCUCACUUUACGAGACAGGUGCAAUGACGGAUUACAUAUCGACGAGGUGGUAUAGAGCUCCAGAACUACUAUUCGGCUCUGAAUACUAUACUGCAGCUGUAGAUAUGUGGUCAAUCGGAUGAAUAUUUGCAGAAUUAUUAACAAGAACAUCAUUUUUGCCAGGAACCGACACUGAGAACCAACUUGAGCUUAUUAUUGAGAUGAUUGGAAUCCCAGAGAAAAAGACGAUUGAGAAGUUCUGUGGAGGGGAAGUUCCAGAAUUUUUCUCAAAUACAACAUCCAGUAAAGAUUACCAAACUAAAGAAUUUUUAAAGAGAUUCAAAGAUGUGGAUGAGACUGCUAUGGAUUUGCUGAAAAAGAUGCUUACAUUUGACCCAGGAGAGAGGAUCUCAGUUGAAAAUGCCAUAAAGCAUGACUUCUUCCAUGACUUACAUUGCGAGGAAGAUGAACCGACCACUACGCCGGUGGAUACGUUUGAAUUUGAUUUUGAAAAAUAUGAUCUUACAAUCGAUGAGAUACGAAAAGAAAUUUAUGAGGAAAUUGCAUUAUAUCACUCCACAAAAGCUCAAAAGACAUAUCUAAAAUAACAGAAAAGAAUAUCCAGAAGACUAAACUCUCGUAUUGAAGUUGCUAAGGAGAGGAAAAGACCUACUAAGAAGAAAUCGAGGAAAAAGGUGUCUAGCACCAAGCUAAAGGUAUAAAAUUUCAUUCAAUAAUUUGC